ACAUAGCUGGGGGCGGGAAUGCAAACAACUCCACAUGUAUAAAUCGCACAUCAGGAAUCAUCGGAUUACAGAGGUAGCCCUACUCCGCUUUACUAGUGCUCUCCUACCUGCCCUCGGUCUAUAUAGGCUACUAUUGCUUAUUGAAAUUGGAACCAUUUCGCCACAAAAUAACCAUUUCUACAAUGACAAUUAUCCUGCCAUUCGUUUUUUCCGCUGCCUUUUACAUGAUGGUCGGAUACUUUCAUUCUGCAUGCGCUGGAUCAGUGUUUCUCAACUCAAAUGCCAUCAAGAACAUACCUGGAGUGGCGGGUCCGAGUCACCCGGUCAGCGCAAGCCCUGACGAAUUUACUUUUGACAGCGGGACCCAAAACCUGGCAAUUGAUACCGUACAGUCCUUGAGUUGCUCUGCCGAUGAGGAGUGCGGUGACCAUGGUUUCUGCUUGGAGUCCCGAGGUGCCUGUCUCCCAUGCAAGAAGCGCAGGAAGCGCUGUAUCCGGGACGCUGUGUGCUGCCCUGGCAACCAGUGCAGUAAUGGCCUGUGUUUGCCCAGCAAUCCUGAGAUCGUUCAGCACAUCGGAAUGCCAAUCUUCAAUACACAGGAGGAGAACUCUACAGUGGAACUGCACUCCAAAUUGCCCACACAAGAUCUUUCACAAACCCCAAAAGGUCUGGAAGGUGAGAACUGCCUGAGGUCUUCGGAUUGCACAGAGGGACUUUGCUGUGCGCGCCAUUUCUGGUCCAAGAUCUGCAAGCCAGUGGUGCAAGAAGGUCAGGUCUGCACCAAACACCAAAGGAAAGGAACACACGGUUUGGAGAUAUUUCAACGGUGUGACUGUGGAGACGGCUUGUCCUGCAGAACACAGAGAGGGGAGCACAACAGCAAGGCAUCUCGAAGUCUGCACACUUGCCAAAGACAUUGAAUCAACGAACUGUCAGCAGCAAUCCACGGAUUUCCGUAGCUUUUCGGAAAUUCUAAAACUAAAGGACGGGUGUGAUUUCCGACAAGCGAAGUGGAGAGGAGGGAUUGGGACUGUUUUUGUGUGGUUUUUCAGAUUUUGUUCUUCAAAAAUGACAAGAGUAGUUGUGAUUGUUUCUCUAUGGAACUUGAGAUAGGAUUAUUACAGUAAAUUACUGUAUUGUACAUAACAUAUAGAUAGAUGAUGGCACUUAAUUAUUUUUAGUCACAACUAUUCGAAGAAGGUGCUCUAUUUACAUGUAUCAACUCUGAUUUAUACGAGUUUAUAUAGAUUCUGAUAUAAAUGUCUAUAUUUUUUAUUUGAAAUAAAGAGUGUGACGAUAUUUAACCGUCUUACGAAAUAAUUUGCACAUUACUGCAUGUAAUAAUUCACUUGUUUAGAGAACUACCAAGGGAAAGGGGAAAUGAAUUGAUGCCGUCAAAGGAGUCAUAUUGGCUGUUCAAUUAGUCCGACCAAUUCCAAACAUGACCUAUUCAUUACAAGGUAUACAACCGUUAUAACUAUUGAUGUACGCUGCUUCAGUUCUAAAACAUCCUGACCGGUUGCAUCACCGCCUGGUGUGGCAACUGCUCGGCAUCUGACUGUAAGGCGCUACAGAGGGUAGUGCGAACGGCCCAGUACAUCACUGGUGCCAAGCUUCCUGCCAUCCAGGACCUAUACAAUAGGUGGUGUCGGAGAAAGACCAUAAAAUUGUCAGAGACUCCAGUCACCCAAGUUAUAGACUGUUUUCUCUGCUACCGCACGACACUGGUACCGGAGCGCCAAGUCUAGGACCAAAAGGCUCCUUAACAGCUUCUACCCCCAAGCCAUAAGACUGCUGAACAACUAAUCAAAUUUACAUUGACCCCCCCUCCCUUUUGUACACUGCUGCUACUCGCUGUUUGUUUGCUACCUACGCAUAGUCACUUCACCCCCACCUACAUGUACAGAUUACCUCAACUAACCUGUACCCCCGCACACUGACUCAGUACCAGUACCCCCUGUAUGGAGCCUCAUUAUUGUUAUUCAUAAUGUGUUACUUUUUAUUAUUACUUUUUAUUUUAGUCUACUUGGUAAAUAUUUUCUUCUUCUUGAACUGCACUGUUGGUUAAGGGCUUGUAAGUAAGCAUUUCACUGUAAAGUCUACACUUGUUGUAUUCAGCGCAUGUGACAAAUAAAGUUUGAUUUGAUUUCAAAACUCCA